AUGGAUAAAUGGAUUUCUGGACCAAAUAAACCAAACAUAAGCUUAGAUGAAGACUUUUCAUUGAUUGAACCUGAGAGUGACAAAGAAAUAAAACCAGUAGUGAAGAAAACUUCUGUACAGCAAUUUAUUGCUGAUCGAUUUGUGAAAUUUUCAACGUGGCACAGUUUAGUUUGUGCAUUCAGACUUCUAAGAAGAAGAUGUCUCCACAAGAUAGACAAAGAUCGGACCUUCCCUAAAGAGAGUGUUGAAGAAUCACAUGAAACUGAACUGUUCAUUCUCCGUAGUUCUCAGAGACUUUCGUUCAAAGAAGAAAUCAACUGUUUGAAAGACAGUACACCUCUACCUCGUAAAAGUGCUCUCAUACAGCUCAACCCCUUUCUGGACAAGGAUGGAAUUCUGAGAGUCGGCGGACGUCUUAGUCAAUCUCCGUUACCAAUAAACCAAAAACACCCGAUAAUCAUUGACAGGAAAUCACAUGCUACUAUUUUACUAGUCAGACAUUAUCAUGAGAAGGUACAACACCAAGGAAGAGUGUUCACAGAAGGUGCCCUACGAUCUCACGGUUUCUGGAUUAUAGGAGCCAAAAAGAUUAUCAAUUCUGUGUUACAUAAGUGUGUGAUUUGUAGGAAACUACGUAGACCUUUCUCUCAACAAAUCAUGGCUGACCUGCCAGCAGACAGAGUUGUUCCGUCACCUCCGUUUACUAUAGUAGGCGUCGACGUUUUUGGUCCGUGGAACAUUGUAGCACGCAGAACACGAGGAGGACUAGCACAUUCGAAAAGAUGGACCGUACUCUUCAGCUGUCUCACAUCUAAGGCAAUUCAUAUUGAGGUCAUAGAGGAGCUAAGCAGUUCAGCAUUUAUAAAUGCCCUUGCACGAUUCAUAUCCAUACGAGGAGCCGUAAAGGAAUUUCGAUCAGAUCGUGGAACGAACUUCGUAGGAGCAUUAGAUCACAUUAAUGUUGAUGUGAUUUAUGUAGAGUCUGGACCAGUAAAGAAAUUUCUGUCUACAAAUGGAGCCAAAUGGACCUUUAAUCCUCCCCAAACGUCGCAUAUGCCCGGAUCAUGGGAAAGAAUGAUCGGGAUUGCAAGGAAGAUUCUUGACGCUCUUCUACUCAACACUAAAGCCAAGGAACUUACUCAUGAAGUGUUGUGUGCAUUUAUGUGCGAAGUUACCGCAAUCAUGAACUCUAGACCGAUAUGUCCUAUUUCUACAGCUCCUGAAGAUCCAGUGAUUAUCAGUCCUUCAAUGUUGUUAACACAGAAGGACUUAAGUGUUGACUUGAUGCGUGUUGACUUUCAUAACAUUAAAGACAUGUACGUAUCGCAGUGGAAACACGUCCAGUAUCUCUCCAGCAUGUUUUGGAAGCGAUUGCGAGAUGAGUACUUGCAGAACUUACAAGUCCGUCGUAAAUGGCAGAACAACCAACCUGAUCUGAAGACUGGUGACGUCGUCCUCAUGCGCGAUCCGAUGGUUCAUCGCGGACAAUGGCCUCUUGGUAUCGUUACAAGAGUUUUCCCGAGUCAGAAUGAUGGUAAAGUCAGGACGGUGGAGGUUCGCAUCAUCAGAGAUGGGAAGCGUGUGACUUUUGUGAGACCAAUUACAGAACUUGUGUUAUUAAUUGAUUAG